AGCUGGUGCUUGGAGAAAGAGAGGAAGGGAGGAAAGAAAACUUUUAUAUACAAUCGGCAAAGCAAAACACCGUCCCCUCUGUCUUCCUUAUUAACCACCCUUAUCUUGUAAUUAACAAGUUUUGUGAAUCAACGACUUACUGUGGCUCUCUGUGUAACAUAAUUUAGCUCUAAUCAGUUUCUUUUGCCUACUUGUGUCCAAUCCACGUUGACAAACCCCACCCCUAUUCUAUAUACAAUCUUGUUUGUGGGUCACACGAUUUUUUUCUUGGCUGUUUGUUUUGUCAGGCGAUUCAACCGACCUCUAGUCGUUUUUCUUUUUCACUAGUGAGUGCAGAAAGUCUGCCAAAUUUUCCGUCCUAAACCACAAACAAUUUACAAACCCACAAUGGACACAGACUGUAUGACUUUAACGAGGUUCGUUUUAGCAGAACAGAAAAAAUAUCCUGAUGCGAAAGGAGAUCUAACACAGUUGCUAAAUGCCAUCCUAUCGGCAGUGAAAGCCGUCUCGUCUGCUGUGAGGAAAGCAGGAAUACAUAAAUUAUUUGGUGUUGCUGGUGGUUCCAAUGUGUCAGGAGAUGAGGUCAAGAAGCUGGACAUUCUGUCCAAUGACCUUUUCAUCAACAUGCUCAAAUCUUCGUUCACGACCGCCCUGAUGGUUACUGAAGAGAAUGAGAAUGCUGUUCUGGUUGAAGUCGAAAACCAAGGGAAAUAUAUCGUCUGCUUUGAUCCUUUGGAUGGUUCUUCAAAUAUUGACUGUCUGGUUUCUAUAGGAUCCAUUUUUGGAAUUUAUCGAAAGUUGUCUUCAGGCCCUGCUACUGAGAACGAUGCCCUGCAACCUGGCCGAGACUUGGUUGCCGCUGGAUAUGCCCUUUAUGGCAGUGCUACUAUGGUUGUGCUAUCCACUGGUCAAGAGGUGAAUGGAUUCAUGCUGGACCCUUCAAUUGGAGAAUUUCUCCUAACUGAAAAGAAUAUGAAAAUUAAGCCACGAGGAAAAAUCUAUUCCCUCAAUGAAGGCUAUGCUCAGUAUUGGGACAAGGCUACCACAGAGUAUAUAAAGAACAAGAAGCAUCCUAAGGAGGGAAAACCCUACGGUGCCCGCUACAUUGGUUCCAUGGUCGCUGAUGUACACCGAACCUUGUGCUAUGGAGGGAUCUUCAUGUACCCUGCUACAUCACAGACUCCUAAAGGAAAGCUCCGACUAUUGUAUGAAUGCAACCCCAUGUCUUUUAUCAUUGAGAAAGCUGGUGGUUUAGCUACCACAGGAACCAUGCCCAUUCUUGAUGUUGUUCCUACAGGCCUUCACCAAAGAGUUCCUAUCUUCUUGGGAUCGAAAGAUGACGUUCAAGAGAUUAUAGAUCUCUACAAAGUUCAUGGAACUAAGUAAAAGAAAUCCAGAGAAAAGAAAAAAACAUUUUUGCUG